ACGUGAAAUUCGACGCUCUGAGCGGGGACUACUUCCCCAUCCUGUAUUUCAACGACUACUGGAACCUGCAGCGGGAUUAUUUCCCCAUCAACGAGAGCGUGCGGCGGCUCCCGCUGCGCCUCUCCUUCUGCCCGCUCUCGCUCUGGCGCUGGCAGCUCUACGCCGCCCAGAGCUCGCGCUCGCCCUGGAACUUCCUGGCGGACGAGCUGCUCGAGCAGUCCGACGACGAGCAGGACUCCGUCAAGGUGGCUCUCCUGGAGACCAAUCCGUACCUCCUGGCUCUCACCAUCGUCGUCUCCAUCGUCCACAGCGUCUUCGAGUUCCUGGCCUUCAAAAACGACAUCCAGUUCUGGAACAGCCGGCAGUCCCUGGAGGGGCUGUCGGUGCGCUCGGUGUUUUUCGGGGUGUUCCAGUCCCUCGUGGUGUUGUUGUACAUCCUGGACAACGAGACCAACGUGGUUGUUCAGCUCAGCGUCCUCGUGGGGCUCCUCAUCGACCUCUGGAAGAUCACCAAGGUCAUGGACGUGCGGGUGAGCCGGGAAAAAACCGGGAAAAAACCGGGAAUUCGGGAAUCGGGGGCUCCCGAGGGGCUGGGGAUGGGCUUUGAGGGGUUAAAUCGGGGUUUUUUCCCGGAAAAAUCGGGAUUUUCCCAGUUAAAUUGGGAUUUUCCUGCUUAA